CUCAGUGUUUUCAACAACUCUCCAGGCAUUUUAUGUGAAUGUUGUUUUCAGGAAUACAGUAAUUUCUUCUUUUAUUGGUGAUGCAGUGCUAAUUAUGUAAGGCCAGCGUUCUCGACAACUGACUAUGCAUUUCAUCUCAAACGCCCCCGUGGACAACCGCCCGUACGGACACCAGCCUUACUUGAAGAACGAAGACUUCCACAACUACUCUCCGAACAUCAGCCGUCGCAACUCGACAGUGAGCGGGACGUUCCACCUGAACCACAACCACAACCACCACCACAGCGAGGACAUCUUCAUCAACGAGUUCCGCGUGCUCACCAACAACAGCGCCGACGAGGCGAGGGAGCCGUUCAUUUGCGAGCAGCUCACCGACUGGAAGAAGAGCAGCGAUUACACGCACACCCAGAAAGACGAGUUCCCCGUCGACCAUAACUGCGUCACCGAGCAGUGCAAGAGAAUCAUCAUCAACAUCAGCGGCCUCAGGUUCGAGACCCAGCUCCGGACUCUAAACCGCCUCCCCAACACUCUUCUGGGUGACCCGGAGAAGAGAGAGAAGUACUGGGACCCGCGGAUGCGGGAGUUCUUCUUCGACCGACACCGUCCGACAUUCCAGGCCAUCCUCUACUACUACCAGAGCGGCGGGAGACUCAAGCGCCCUCUGGAGGUGCCUAUCGAUAUCUUCAUCAACGAGCUGCAUUUCUACGAGAUCGGCAACAACACCAUCGACGAGUUCCGGCGGACGGAAGGCUGCAUCGUGGAGCACGAGGUGGUGCUGAAGCCGAGUAACAGGAUCCAGUUGAAGCUGUUCGAGGUGAUGGAGUACCCCGAGAGUUCCGUUUGCGCCAAGAUUGUCGCCGUCCUGUCCAUCAUCUUCAUCCUCGUCUCCGUGACGACCUUCUGCGUGGAGACUCUGCCGCACUUCACAGGCAAGGACUGCAAGAACCAGACCGUGGUGGUCAACGGCACAGCGUCCGUGAUCCGCGUGCCCAACUAUACGGAACCGCUGUUCAUCACGGAGUCGUGCUGCAUGGUGUGGUUCGUCUUCGAGAUGAUCAUCCGGUUCGCCGUCUGUCCGUCCAAGAAAGCCUUCCUGAAGAACAUCAUCAACUGGAUCGACGUGAUCGCGAUCGUGCCGUACUUCAUCUUCCUGGCCAUCACCUUGGUGACCGGUUCGUGCAGCACGAGCAACAAGACGGGCGGUCUGUCGGUCCUCCGCGUGUUGAGGGUCGUGCGAAUCCUCAAGCUCAGCAAACAUUCCGAGGGGCUCAAGAUCCUCGGCAAAACGCUGAGGACGAGCAUUAGGGAGCUGACCAUGUUUCUCAUGUUCCUUGGCAUCGCCACCGUCAUUUUCUCCGGCGCCGUCUUCUAUGCCGAGACGGCUCAGGAAACCGGACAGUUCUCCAGCAUCCCCGACACGUUCUGGUGGGCUAUUGUUUCCAUGACGACAGUGGGCUAUGGUGAUUACGUUCCUACAGGAGCCAUUGGGAAGUGCCUCGGCGGCAUGUGUGUGCUCUCCGGGGUUCUGGCCAUUGCACUUCCGGUGCCAGUCAUCGUGGCCAAUUUUAACAACUACUACCGACAGUACACAGGGCGGGGCUACGGGUCGGUAUAAAAAUGUGGAUUUAUUCUAUUACUGUAAGUACGGAAGUCGAGGCUAUAAGUCAGUAUAACGUGGAUUUAUUCUAUUAUUAUCAGUACAAUAGUCGAGGUUAUAAGUCGAUAUUAAAAUGUGGAUUUAUUCUAUUACUGUAAGUACGGUAGUCGAGGCUAUGAGUGGAUAUAAAAUGUGGAUUUAUUAUAUUACUGUCAGUACAAUAGUCGAGGCUAUGAGUCGAUAUUAAAAUGUGGAUUUAUUAUAUUACUGUCAGUACCCUGGACGAGGCUAUAAGUCGAUAUAAAAUGUGGAUUUAUUAUAUUACUGUAAGUACCCUGGACGAGGCUAUGAGUGGAUAUUAAAAUGUGGAUUUAUUAUAUUACUGCCAGUACCCUGGACGAGGCUAUGAGUGGAUAUAAAAUGUGGAUUUAUUAUAUUACUGUCAGUACCCUGGAUGAGGCUAUGAGUGGAUAUAAAAUGUGGAUUUAUUAUAUUACUGUCAGUACCCUGGACGAGGCUAUGAGUGGAUAUUAAAAUGUGGAUUUAUUAUAUUACUGUCAGUACCCUGGACAAGGUUAUGAGUCGAUAUAAAAUGUGGAUUUAUUAUAUUACUGUCAGUACCCUGGACGAGGCUAUGAGUGGAUAUAAAAUGUGGAUUUAUUAUAUUACUGUCAGUACCCUGGACGAGGCUAUGGGUGGAUAUUAAAAUGUGGAUUUAUUAUAUUACUGUCAGUACCCUGGACGAGGUUAUGAGUCGAUAUAAAAUGUGGAUUUAUUAUAUUACUGUCAGUACCCUGGACACGGCUAUGAAAGGCAUAACAUUUGGGAUUUAACUUACUACUGCCACUAUCCUGGAAGAGGUUGUGGAUCGGUCUAACACAGGGGAUUUGUUCUAGUAUAGUCAGGAUGAUGGUUCAUCGCACGGAGCAGUCUACACUGUGUGGCUAAGUAACAAAUACUAAUGUCAAUAACACAGGUCAUGUCAUAGAGUGCUCUCGCCCCGAUGUGACCUACGAAUAAUUAUAUCUAAUAUAUAUAUCUAGACUAAUGACGCAGGUCAUAUACUGAUGGGCUGUUAGUGUUGUCAUUGCUCUGUAAUAAUUCCAGUAUAGCCAUUGGAAUGUGCCACUUCUGCCAUAGACAGAUGGGUUUCUGUUGUCUGCUUAAUUUGUUUUAAAAGUGGAUGAUUUUCAGACGAAGGAUUUACACAUAUCUUUUCAGAAAACAAUUCUAAAGAAUUAAUUAAAUCCUAUAUUUUCAUUUGCAAUACAGGUGUAUUUUUUCAAUUUAACUAUGAAAGCCACAACUCUAGACUAAUAGUUAGAAAACAAUGAUUACACAGACAGAGUUUGUUACAUGGUUUUAAUAAGUACGUGUUACAUAGUUUUAGUCAAUACGUGUUUGUUUGUUUGUUGUUGUUUGUUUGUUUGGUUUGGGGUUUGUUUUGUUUGGUUUGGGUUUUUUCAUUAUAUUUUUUUUUUUUUUUUUAUUAUUAUUAUUUUUUUUUUUUGUUCAUUAUAUUUUAUUGUUUCUGUUGUUAUUUGUUUUCAGACGUAUAUUGCCAUUGACACCCCUCCCCUUAUAAGCCUCUAGCUUAUAAAUUGAUUCUCUGUUGUUUUUUUUUUUUUUACUUGAGUAGGGGCAAUAUAUGAGCCAUGUUUUUUUAUCAUAAAUCUGUGCAUCGACCAAGUGAUUAAAUAGACGAAUAGAUUAUUACGUUACGGUAUAGUAACCUAGCUACGUGGUGACAUGCAGUAUAUAUACUAUUUAAAACAAAUUAAUGAUCAGUGAUUAUAAUGUUUUGUAUGCAUCCUGGGGCGGAUCCAGGGUUUUGUAAACGGUGAGGUCCAUAAAAUGAUAAAUUGCAAUUUGAGUUUGUCCAAAGGGAGCGAGAUCUAUAAGUGUGUUAGGGAGUAUGCUCCCUUGAAAAGUUUGAAAUUAAAUGCCAAUAGCCGUGGUUCGAGGUAAAUUUACUGUUGUAUAUUGUGGACGAUGAAUUAAAAAAACGACAACACUAAAGUCAUCCCUGUGACACCUCAUACUACCAUUAUAUUGAACUGAAUAGAAUGUUCAUUGUAAUAAUCGAAUGCAGAAAACAAUCUUUGAUGUGUGUAUUUGUGGCACCGAUAAUCCUGAUAAAAUUAACAAACCUAAUGAAACACACGUCGCCUUUUAUCGAAUACACACGCAGCAAUAUUACAUGUACAAGAUAUUACACGUCCGUAAUUUUCACUCACCAUACAGUUAACACGUUAGGUUGGUACGAGUGUGACAUUCUCUAUGUCUCCUAGGAACACGAUAUUAGACGACAGGGGUAGGGCUCCUGCCUGGCUCCAAGACGGAAAUUCUCAAAGACACGUUACACGUUGGCUAACAUUAAUCUUUUGUCCAACGUCUUCUGUGUGAACAUUCUGUAACAUAUCAGAAUAAUGGUAUUAUGGUGAAAUGCACUUCCAUAUUAAAUAUAGUUACUGACCCUAACUUGUUUUGAGUAGUAAUAGGAGUUUGACUUUGAUAUACAGUAUACAUUCAUCAAUUAUGUGAUAUACAAUAUAUAUUACACAGCUAUACGAUUAUAUAGUAUGUAUAUAUAUGUAUAUUAAGCAGAUGUAUAAUAUACCAUAUAUGCUAAACAACUGUGAUAUUAAAUAGGUAUUUGAUAUAUAGUAUAAAUUAAACAGUUAUGUGAUAUAGUCUAUAGUAAACACUUAUAUAAUGUGCAUUAUGUAUUAACGAGCCAUGUGGUAUAAAGUGUAUAUUUAACAGCUAUGUGAAAUGCAGUAUUAUAUUAAAAUGUAUGUGAUAUUAUCUGUGGCCAGUGCCUUUGACAACGACUACAAAACACCUCCUGUGAUAGAGUUGAACACACUACCAGAAUACCACUGAUAUUCCGUUCUACCCAAGUGGUUUCAGCGUCAGGAACUAGCCAAAAAUAACCAUUGUUUUAUACGUGUCUUAUAUCAUUGUGUUUAUUAAAUAGAUUA